AUGGAACGCGACACGCCGCACGACGCCCAGGGCGUCUUCACCGGCUGCUUCGUGCCGACGGACCUGCACGGCCAGGCCGACUCGGGCGUUUCCACGUGCAUCUGUACCUCCAUCAGUAACCUUCCCGUCCACUAUACGAUGCCGUAUACGCCCGGUUCAGAGCCACUGAGCUACGCGACGUCGACUGAUGGCGGAUGCACCUGGGCAGAGGGUCGGGAUAACCCCAUCGUGCCCGCGCUCCCCGAAGACCUCGACAUCACCUGGAGAGAUCCCUACGUCGCAACGUGGCCGGCGCUGAGUGAGGCUCUCGGCCUACCAGAGGACCAGCUGUUCGGCUGCUUGGCCGGCGGCAUCAGACACGAGACCCCUAGCGUCUUUUAUUUCGGAAACAACUUCCGACCAUCGAGAUGGAGCCGCGAUCUGGGCAUCAACUGGGAGGUCACCAACUUCUUCCAACUUCCCGGGACGGACACCGAGUCCAGAAAGUCCGACAGCUUCAUCAUACCCAGCUGCGAGGGUUGCAAGGAUUCCUGUUCCAAGUUUCAGACCCUGGAUCUCGGCGUGACUGUCGAUGGAAGGGCGCCCGACUUGGGCUGGUCCUGCGGAGGGACACUGGACUAUGGCGCCUACUAUACUGGCAAUUCAUUCUGGGACCCGACCAUCAGGGAGCAAGCUGUCCUGGGAUGGUUGGCUGAGGAAGACCUGCCUGGCAAGAUGCGUCACCCUCAGGGCUGGAGUGGCUGCCUCUCCCUACCGAGUCUUCUGAAGAAUAUCGUCAUUCACAACGCUGUCAAGGCGAGAAGGUCCGAUCUAGCCCAGAAAGGCCUCAUCAAGCUUGAGCCCAGAGACGCCGGCACGGGCACAGCGACACUCAAGACUCUGGCCAUGAUGCCUCACCCUAACCUCUCCAGUCUGCGUAAGGGCACAGGUUCUAUCGAUGUCGACGCAGCUCUUUCGAAUGGCGAUGCUCACGGGACAUUCCUCGACGUUCGUAUUCUUCAAUGGGAGGCCGACCUGUCCUUCGCUGUCGGCCGCGGUUGUGAGAGCCUUGAUCUGACAACCCAUCACUCCCACAACUCGGCGCAUAAGACCACGCUGGAAUACUACCCAGAUGACGAGCUGUUCAUCGUCAACCGAAGCGUCACGAGCACUUCAAGCGCCACCUCAGACGACGAGGAGACUGCUAGCCGGGUGGCAGAUGCUGCGCCGCAUACCCCUUUCACAAUAUCGGAUCCUGCUACCAACGAGGUUCAAGAGGAACUCCCCCAACUGUGCUUGUCCUAUGACCAGAGCGUUCUGGAGGUAUUUCUCAACGAAAGAACCGUCCCCUCGACGAAGCUGUACCCCCCAGCACCAGACCGUGGGUUUGGCAUCACCAUGCCUGCCCAAGGGCCCGUCUACGAGGCUGAGGGCACAUUGGCAACGGUAAAAGGAUCAAUAUGGGAUGGACUGAAGACCCAGGUAGCCUUUUGUGAUUGA